AACUAACAGCGUGUGUCACUUAAGGUGGAAACAGACUAUUGUCACGUCACGUGAGCUCACGUGCUAUCACAUUAACACAUUUAAACCGUGAUGUCACGUUUGGAAAUACACUACUGUCACAUUUUCUAUUGUCAUGCUAUAUCACAUCACAGUAUUUAGUCGGUUGUCCACCAUUAUACCCAAGGGUUGCGUGUUUUUAAUUAAAAUGGAUUGUGGAAGUUCAAGUAGUUCAUCGGGUUGGGAAGAGGAGUUGGAAGCUGUAGCUGCUUUUGUAGUUCUUGAUGAAGAAGAAAAUAAAACAAAAACAAGAGAAUGGGUCCAUGCAAUUAAUAAAAAAAGAGAAACUUUGGGUGAGUUUCAUAGACUUGUUCCGGAAUUAAAAAAAGAUACGAAACGAUUCCAUAUGUAUUUCCGGAUGACGAUGGAAGAGUUUGAUUUUUUACAUGAACUCAUUAAACCAGACAUAUAUAAACAAAAUACUCAAUUUAGAAGAGCCGUCAGCACAGAAGAAAGAUUAGCUGUUUGCUUAAGAUUUUUAGCAACAGGAAAUAGUUUUAGAAGUAUUGGAUUCAACUACAGAUUGGGAUUCAGUACGGUUCGAGAAAUUGUAUAA